UUACCUAAGCCCCUCCAAGCAACCAAUCAAGCUGGAGGUGAACCUUGGGCUGUAAGCACGACCUCGAAUUUCUUGCAAUCCCAGCCAGGCCGCCUGUUGUACCGCCUAGUCCCUACUGUCGGGUAUCUUUGCCUGACUAGUGGCUGCUGGCCGCACUGCUAGCUGCACAGGAACUGUACCUAGGUACCUAAGUUCCAGGUGGAAUUAAUUGGAUGAAAAUGGGCAGCGGUGUCUCCUAAUAAGUCCUGGCCUUGUGAAUCAUUUCUCGCUGUGCCCCUCUCUUCGUUUGCUACCUACCAUCCAUGCACCCCUCCCCUCGACUUGGCCACGCCUGAUCGAACACACAUAUUUAAGUGCUCACACGCAUUCCAACAGACACAACCAGUGCUAACAACCUUGCCCACCCAUUUCUACCUGUCACAACUUCCACGGCUUGUGAGGAGGAUUUACAACAGACUCCCAAACCAACCCACUGAAUAGUCCAUCCUGCUGUACAUCAUGGCAGGUGGUCCUGGAGGAAACUCACGCGGCCGUGGCGGCAAGUUCAAGAAGCCCACGCGCGGAGGCGGCAAACACUUCUCUCGCGACCUUCGACCCCUCGAUGCCGACGGCAAUGAGGUUUCCAUGUGGAGCGUCGACGCCAACAAGAAGGGCGAGUCUGACUCUGACGAGUCCGAGGAGGAGUCGGAAGAAGAGUCCGACGACGGCGCCGGCCCAUCCAACGCCGCCGCCCAGGAGCUCAGCCGUGAAGACCGCAAGAAGGAGAAGAAGGCCCGCAAGGAUGCCGCCAUCGCCAGGGCAAAGGCCGCCGCUGUUCAGGUCGGCGACCUGCCCCCAAGCGACGGCGAGUCUGAAGACGACGAGGACGACGACAUGCCCGCCAACCCGAACCACUCCAAGGCUGCGCGCAAGCAGCUUGAGCCCGUCAGUGUCGACGACGCGGCCGAGGCUGUUUCCGGGCUGAGCAUCAAGCAGCCGCAGAGCCGGCGCGAAAGGGAGACUCUCGAGGCCGCGCAGGCCCAGGCCCGCUACAGGAAAUUGCACGAGGAGGGCAAGACCGACCAGGCCAAGGCCGACCUGGCGCGGCUGGCGGCCAUCCGCGAGAAGAGAGAGGCUGACAAGGCCAGGAAAGAGGCCGAACGCCAGGAGAAAGAGGAGCAGGAGAAGGCCAAGCGAGCCGAGAUCGAGGCCAAGGAGGCGAAGAAGCGAGAGGCGGCUCUCGGCAAGGGGGCGUCGGCCAAGAAAUCGGGCAAGAAGUCAAAAUAGGGCUCUGGCCUCGACGUGCGGCCUGUUGGAGGACAAGACUCUGUAGAGGAGAGAUGGGCCCUGCAUAGACGGCGGGCGGCUUUGGGUCAUACACAGCUGCAUCCCUAGUUCUUUGCCAUCUGGGCACUGCAGGACACGACGCGGGGUUUAAUGAAUAGACGCAGUCGCCCUGGGCCGAACGCUGUCAUGAACAGCAAUGCUUGCUUGAUAUGUGACACUGCAGCCGCGUGCUUGGGCACUUGAUUCUACAUGUUGGCAAGCCCGUCCGAGCCGACGCUCUCCUUCCAGAACUCGUCGAAAUCGAUGCCCUGUUCUUCAAACAAAUCUCUGAUCUUCUGCGCCACCUCGGCCUGCUUUUCUGGCCCGAACCCGCCCGGCUGUGAGGACUCGAACUGGACAAUCUCGAUCCAGCGGUAGAACAGGUCCUCCUUGCCUGCAGCAGCCAGCGCAUCCCGAAACGCAAAGACUUGGGUCCUCCGCUCAUCGACCGUCGCAUCGUCUGAUGAGGCGUCCCCUCUUGUUUCCUUCAGGUCCAAAGACAACCAGCCGUGGCCCUCGUGGUGCACCAGGACCAACAGCUUGAACGCAUCCAGCGCUACCGUCUUCUUGUCGACGAGGCUCGUGGCGCCGACCAUGGCAGCCCAGUCGAGAUCCCACUCGUUGUUCAUGGUCAGGUAGCCCGUCUUCUCGUUCAACAGCAUGGGGUUCACCGCGACGCCGAUGUUGGUCAAGAGCUGGGUCCUCGCCUCAAAGUCGUCCCCCUUGACGGCCUCCCUGACCUUGCCGUCCCAGGUCGGCCUGCUACGACGUACGUAGACCUCCUUGUCGCGGAAGCCGACGUUCCAGCGCCACUGUGCGGGGCUGCCGUGAGUCCUCCCGAAACAGAAUUCGACGGGCCAGGGCCACACAAAGACAAACAAGAGGAAGUCCAGCAGGAAGGUGAAGGCGCGGCGGGCUAUGAUCCAGGCUAUUGCGGCCCAUGGGGACUCGGAGGGGGCCACCGUUGUCUCGUUGCUGUGGCCGAGGGCCGAGGCGAGAAGGGCGAAGUACCAAGGGCUUACAUAGUAAACGCGCCAUGCAAAGAGCAGGGCAAUGGCAAUGUUGAUGGCGACGGGGACCAGGAAGAUCUUGCGCUUGAAAUCCGCGGGCUUGGAGUCGACGUGGGCUAUGUAGGCAUGAGCCGGGGAGAGGGAGCCGUAGAAAGGAGCCAGGGCCUCAGGGGCGCGCUUGAAGGGUUUUGGAGGCUCGGAGGAAGUUGAUGGCGAGGACUUUGGCUUCCUCGAGAGCACCUUCUUGGGCGGCAUACUGGCGGCUGUGGUGCGGUCUGGCGGGAGUUGAAAUCCCCAGAGGGAGUUUCCCAGAGGGCCCAGGUAAUGAGGCUGGGUGAGGGCUCGGAAGGGCCGGGUGCACGUUGCGGACAGUUGCUUGUGAGGGAUUCUGUAGGUUGCUGUUCAAACGGUGGGCCGGAAUGCCUGGAUGAUUUUCUAGAUGGUUUUC